GAUGUUUGGUAAGUGGUGGUGGAGGAAAAGGGUGGGGCUUGAGGAUAUAACUCAGGUCACCCCUGAAUGUCACUUUUGGUCAUUGGGGUGCCUCAUAUUGCCAGACAAGAGCUCAGACCUGAGGAGAGUGGCCAGCUUCUGUGUGUCCCAGGUGGCCAGCCCCCACUGUGGAAGCUCAUGGACUCCAUUGGAUCUGCAGGGUUGCGGCAGGGGGAAGAAGCCCUGAGUCACCCUGAGGAGGGCUUGCCCAGGCCCUCAGACAGCUCAGAGCUGGCUCCAAAACAACUGCAAGGUUGGGAGGAUCAUCUUACAGAAAAAUGGAGGAAAAUAAAAUACUCCCCACCCCCAAAGGCCAAUGGAGAUAAAGGACUUGCCUAUGGCUGGACAGGGUGGCUCACGCCUAUAAUCCCAGCACUUUGGGAGGCCAAGGUGCAGGAGUGCCUGCAGCAGUUCAAGGUGACAAGGGCACAGCUACAGCAGAUCCAAGCCAGCCUCUUGGGUUCCAUGGAGCAGGCGCUGAGGGGACAGGCCAGCCCUGCCCCUGCGGUCCGGAUGCUGCCUACAUACGUGGGGUCCACCCCACAUGGCACUGAGCAAGGAGACUUCGUGGUGCUGGAGCUGGGGGCCACAGGGGCCUCACUGCGUGUUUUGUGGGUGACUCUAACUGGCAUUGAGGGGCAUAGGGUGGAGCCCAGAAGCCAGGAGUUUGUGAUCCCCCAAGCGGUGAUGCUGGGUGCUGGCCAGCAGCUCUUUGACUUUGCUGCCCACUGCCUGUCUGAGUUCCUGGAUGCACAGCCUAUGAGCAAACAGGGUCUGCAACUUGGCUUCAGCUUCUCUUUCCCUUGUCACCAGACGGGCCUGGACAGGAGCACCCUCAUUUCCUGGACCAAAGGUUUUAGGUGCAGUGGUGUGGAAGGGCAGGAUGUGGUCCAGCUGCUGAGAGAUGCCAUUCAGAGGCAUGGGGCCUACAACAUCGACGUGGUUGCCGUGGUCAACGACACAGUGGGCACCAUGAUGGGCUGUGAGCUGGGGGCCAGGCCGUGUGAGGUUGGGCUAGUUGUAGACACGGGCACCAAUGCAUGUUACAUGGAGGAGGCACGGCACGUGGCAGUGCUGGAUGAAGACCGGGGCCGCGUCUGUGUCAGCGUCGAGUGGGGCUCCUUCAGUGAUGCUGGGGCGCUGGGGCCAGUGCUGACCACCUUCGACCACACCCUGGACCAUGAGUCCCUGAAUCCUGGUGCUCAGAGGUUUGAGAAGAUGAUUGGAGGCCUGUAUCUGGGUGAGUUGGUGCGGCUGGUGCUGGCUCACUUGGCCCGGCGUGGGGUCCUCUUUGGUGGCGGCACCUCCCCUGCCCUGCUGAGCCGAGGCAGCAUCCUCCUGGAACACGUGGCUGAGAUGGAGGACCCCUCUGCUGGGGCAGCCCGUGUCCAUGCUAUCCUGCAGGACUUGGGCCUGAGCCCUGGAGCUUCAGAUGUUGAGCUUGUGCAGCACGUGUGUGCGGCCGUAUGCACACGGGCUGCCCAGCUCUGUGCUGCCGCCCUGGCCGCUGUUCUCUCCCGCCUCCAGCACGGCCGGGAGCAACAAACACUCCAGGUCGCUGUGGCCACCGGAGGCCGAGUGUGUGAGCGGCACCCCAGGUUCUGCAGCAUCCUGCAGGGGACAGUGAUGCUCCUGGCCCCGGAAUGCGAUGUCUCCUUCAUCCCCUCUGUGGAUGGUGGUGGCCGGGGAGUGGCAAUGGUGACUGCCGUGGCUGCCCGUCUGGCUGCCCACCGGCGCCUGCUGGAAGAGACCCUGGCCCCGUUCCGGUUGAACCAUGAUCAGCUGGCAGCGGUUCAGGCACAGAUGCGGAAGGCCAUGGUCAAGGGGCUCCGAGGGGAGGCCUCCUCCCUUCGCAUGCUGCCCACUUUCGUCCGGGCCACGCCUGACGGCAGCGAGCGAGGAGAUUUCCUGGCCCUGGACCUCGGGGGCACGAACUUCCGUGUCCUCCUGGUGCGCGUGACCACAGGUGUGCAGAUCACCAGCCAGAUCUACUCCAUUCCUGAGAGUGUGGCCCAGGGCUCUGGGAAGCAGCUCUUUGACCACAUUGUGGACUGCAUCAUGGACUUCCAGCAGAAGCAGGGCCUGAGUGGGCAGAGCCUCCCACUGGGUUUUACCUUCUCCUUCCCAUGUAGGCAGCUUGGCCUGGACCAGGGCAUCCUCCUGAACUGGACCAAGGGUUUUAAUGCAUCGGACUGUGAGGGCCAAGAUGUCGUGAAUCUGUUGCGGGAAGCCAUUACGCGCAGACAGGCAGUGGAGCUGAAUGUGGUUGCCAUUGUCAAUGACACGGUGGGGACCAUGAUGUCCUGUGGCUAUGAGGACCCCCGUUGCGAGAUAGGCCUCAUUGUUGGGGACUGACUGGACAGAGGAACAGGAAGACACAUAAAACAAGAGGCAAUUUCUGCCUUCUCAGAGCUGACCACUCAGCAAGGGUUAAGCCCAGAACAACACGCGGUGGUCAGAGAGUGACUCAAUUCUACACCUGGGCAGCAGCGAGGCCAAGAUCAGGAGGGAAUGGGUCCCAGGAUGAGUGGAACUUGAAAGCCCUGAAAGAAAGGAUUCGGUUCUGUUGGGGAAGAGGGAUCCCACGGGGCAUUGGUCUCUCAACACGAGGCAUGUGGCGGUCUCUCUUGAGGGGGAGGUUUUCGAACCCAGGACCUGGCACAGUUAGGCACUUAGGAGAGGCAUGCCCAGGUUGCUGUGGGCAUAAACAGCUGGACAGAGGAACUCCAGGUGGGGCCAGCAAGGAGCCCACCUGCCUGGAGCUGAAGCUGUGUCAGGGAGAGGAGGGAGACGCCCUCAUUCAGGGUGCGCCCUCUGCCUGGAAUGCCUUUUCCUUUCUGUGCUUCUUGGGUUCAGUCACUUCCUCUCUGUUGCUUUCCUGACCCUGUUGGCAGAGACUUGCCCCAUGGUCUGGGCUCCCACGAUGCUCUCCUUGGUGCUUCCACAGGGACACAGAGGCUCCGUCAGAGCUGGCUAUUCGUUGCCUGACCUCUGGCCAGACUGUGGGGCUCCUCAUCUCUGAUUUCUCUGUGUCCCCUGCUCCUGGUCCAGCACCUCUUAGUUGGAAAAGGGCCUGGCAGGCCAGUCCAGGGAGCUUCGGCCUCUCAACCGCAGAGAGCUGGGGGCAAGGGCGGGGGAUGUCACGUCUCCCAGGGGAAUGACAGGACAGCUGGGCAUUGUAGGAGCACUUGGGGGUGGCAUGGUGGAUGCACUGACGGUGAUGUUGGUGGGAAAGGCAGUGAAGGUCCCCAGGGCUUGGAGCUGGCAGAGUCUGCACGAGGGAUGUCUGGAAGGAAGGAGGACCAGGACUAGGGACAGGCUGUGAGCAUGAGGAGAUGGAGAGGUAGAGAGAAUGAGCCCGAAUGUUGCCAUCUCGGUAUGGGAAGUGCUCAGAGGGUCCUUGUCUGCAUCAGUAAGUAGCUUCCACGUUGUCUGGCCUCU